GGAAGUGAACAGCACUUCCUAUUUCCACAGCGUUACUGCUGUUCUCUGACCAAACCAGACAUCGUGACGGGUAAAAACGAAAGGAGGAUGUUUGACGUGUGGUUUAUGCAUGAAUAUAAGCAGUAAAUGACUCGGAUUCAGAUCUAGUUCUCCACGCGCAAUGGGAGCGACGCGCUCGCGGCCGUCAGCUUGAUUCAAACGGAGGGACUUUUCCGCUUCUGAAAGUUUUGUAUGUUGGUGAAUUAAGAAGAAUCAAGAUGAAGAAACAGUUUAAUCGCAUGAAACAGCUCGCCAACCAGACUGUUGGAAGAGCAGAGAAGACAGAAGUACUGAGUGAUGACCUCCUUCAGAUUGAUCGUCGCCUGGAAUUGGUGCGAUUGGUCUCUCACAAUGCACACAAGAGGAUGGUCACCUGUCUACAGGGCAAUCUGGGCAAAGAUGUGGAAAAGAGACAUAAAAAACUUCCCCUUACAGCCCUUUCACAAUCCAUGCUGGAAGGAGGAAGUCAGCUAGGAGACGAGUCUCUCAUAGGAAAAAUGAUGGAAGUUUGCGGAGAUGCUGAAAGCAAACUGGCCUAUGAGCAGAGCCAACACGAGGUCCAGAUAGAGAGCGAAGUUCUAGACCCCCUCAAUCAGCUAGCAGAGGUGGAUGUUCCUAAUAUCCUGAAGCAGAGAAAGCAUUUAGCCAAGCUUGUGUUGGAUUAUGAUUCUGCAAAAGCCAGGUAUCAACAGGCCGCAAAGGUGUUCUCUUCAUCCACAAACGUUCAAGCAAUGGCUGCCAAAAUUGACACACUUAAGGAAGAGAUGGAUGAAGCACAGAUCAAAAUGGAAAUAUGCAAGGAUCAAUUGGCUGCAGACAUGUACAACUUUUCCUCCAAGGAAGGAGAAUACGCUCGCUAUUAUGUCUUGUUAUUAGAAUCACAAGCUGAAUACCAUAAAAGAGCUUUUGCUCUCAUUGAAAGCAUCCUGCCAACCAUACAGUCACAGCAAGACAAUUGGAUGGAGAAGCCAGCUUUUGGCACCUCUCUAGAGGAACAUCUGAAACGCACCAGUAGAGAGAUCGCUUUACCCAUAGAGGCCUGCAUCAUGAUGCUUCUGGAGACUGGCAUGCAUGAAGAGGGUUUGUUCCGUAUCGCUGCUGGGUCCUCAAAACUUAAGAAGCUAAAGGCGGCGCUGGACUGUUCCACAUCACAGUUGGAGGAGUUUUACUCUGACCCUCACGCUGUAGCUGGAGCCCUGAAAUCUUACCUGCGAGAGCUGCCUGAACCUCUCAUGAGCUACCAGCUGUAUGAAGAGUGGAUCCAGGCCUCAAAUAUUUCUGACCCAGAUAAAAGACUUCAGGCUCUGUGGGUGGUAUGUGACAUGAUGCCAAAAGCCAACAAGACCAAUUUUAGGUACCUUGUGAAGUUUCUUGCCAAGCUUGCUCAGGAAAGUGACAUCAAUAAGAUGACAGCGUGUAACAUUGCCAUCGUUCUGGGACCCAAUUUACUGUGGGCAAAGGCAGAAGGGUCCCUUGCUGAAAUGGCAGCUACAACCUCUGUCCAUGUAGUGUCUAUUCUAGAGCUGAUAAUCCAACAUGCAAGCUGGUUUUUCCCUGAAGAUAUGGACUUCAAUGUUUCAGGCAUGUUUGCCUUGCCUGGGUGUCCGGGUACCCCUGACUCUGAAGCAGGAUCCAUAGACAGGAGGCGCCCAGGCAGCCAGGCGUCACAAGAUUCUGAGACCACCCGCAAAGACAGCCCUGCUAACAAACAUCCAGAACCCGCCUCUCGUAGAGCUGGCACAAUAAAUAAAAAGCAGCACUCCAUGCCUAACUUCCAGCCCCCUCUCCCUCCUGUCGAUGCUGGGGCGGCUCCUGUGUUUGAGCCCUCCCCUCAGUCUCCCACUGGUGGGGGUUUGGAGGCUGGGCAGGGGGGAGUUGUGAUGAAUCAGACCCAGCAGCCUUUAGCUCAGCAGAACUCCGCUACAGACAACAGUAACACCGUCCGUGAACCUGCGUCCACACCACCUUCCCCGAGAAACGGACCAGGAAGCUCCAGUGGAACACCAGGUCAGUUGACCGUGGGGGCCCCUACGUCAGGUUCCAAGGGCCCCAGUCCCUUCAUGGUUCGAAGAGGUACAAAGAAACAAGCACCUGCACCUCCCAAACAGGCUGCGCCUGGUACACCUCAGAACGUUAAAGCUGUUGCUAACCAGUCCACACCAAACCAGUCCGCAACCGUGAGCACGAGCACCCCUCUUCCUGUCAUCGCGCCUCGUCGCUGCAACCAGACCCCAAUCCAUGCCCCCAGCCACCCUCCACCACAACCUCCCUCCCAGAGCAUAGAAGAACCAGACCCGUCCCCUCCCAGAACCCCAACCCCACCAGAUACACCUCCCCACGAUGGUUCCUACCACACCAGCUCCCUGCUGCGCCCCAGGCCAACCCCUAGACCGCGGCCCAAGCCCACCGUACCACCAUCACUCCAUCCAACUAGUGAAGGUGCCAACGGCAUCUGUAUUUCUGGAUCCAAGAUUAUCUCAGAUGUGUGAUCUACUGCCAGUGAGGUGUAAUUUGAUUGACAGAUGGAGAAGUUUCCCUCAUGGAACCAGGGCUGGACCUUGUCCCUGAGCUAGAAGAGGAUCAAACAGAAGAAACUUCCCCAGAAGCUGAAUAUCAAUCAGAAAGCACCGCCCUGUAAGGGAGAGGAGCCUAAUCUUCACACAGCCAAUCAAGGUCGAUGCUCGGAAUGGGAUGCUAGCACACUGCAUUAUAUACUGUAUAUUAUUUUAAAUGGUAUAUGAAACCGCAUGCGAUAUGCAUCAGUCGUAUCCUACAUUGUGACCUAAACACAUGGUGUACAGCAGAUAGCAUCUAGUUAUAAUCUUGGAAAGAAAUAUAGACAUUUUCACACAAGUUUAUGUAACAAAUUCUAAUUUUUGGCAAUACGAUCACAUAAUGAGUCAAGAAAUGUUAGCCCUCCUGUGGUAUUGAAAAAGGGCACCUCCCUUUGGUAUUCAGGGUCAUUUUUGACCAGAAGGGUCAGAUGUGUAACCCCUUUUUUUUUUUUUUUGAUGAUGAUAAUGAUCUUUUUCUUCCCUGAAGUAAGAACAAUAAAAUUAUGCUUUUGGGAUUUUAUGCUAUUCUGAUCUUAUUUACGAGUGAGUGAGUGUGUGUGUGUGAGGGAGUGAGUGUGUGAGGGAGUGAGUGUGUGAGGGAGUGAGUGUGUGAGGGAGUGAGUGUGUGUGAGGGAGUGAGUGUGUGUGAGGGAGUGAGUGAGUGAGUGUGUGUGAGGGAGUGAGUGUGUGUGAGGGAGUGAGUGUGUGUGAGGGAGUGAGUGUGUGUGAGGGAGUGAGUGAGUGAGUGUGUGUGAGGGAGUGAGUGUGUGUGAGGGAGUGAGUGUGUGUGAGGGAGUGAGUGUGUGUGAGGGAGUGUGUGAGGGAGUGAGUGUGUGAGGGAGUGAGUGUGUGAGGGAGUGAGUGUGUGAGGGAGUGAGUGUGUGUGAGGGAGUGAGUGUGUGUGAGGGAGUGAGUGUGUGUGAGGGAGUGAGUGUGUGAGGGAGUGAGUGUGUGAGGGAGUGAGUGUGUGUGAGGGAGUGAGUGUGUGUGAGGGAGUGAGUGUGUGUGAGGGAGUGAGUGUGUGUGAGGGAGUGAGUGUGUGUGAGGGAGUGAGGGAGUGAGUGUGUGUGAGGGAGUGAGUGUGUGUGAGAGGGAGUGAGGGAGUGAGUGUGUGUGAGGGAGUGAGUGUGUGUGAGGGAGUGAGUGAGUGUGUGUGAGGGAGUGAGUGUGUGUGAGGGAGUGAGUGUGUGAGGGAGUGAGUGUGUGAGGGAGUGAGUGUGAGUGUGUGUGAGGGAGUGAGGGAGUGAGUGUGAGGGAGUGAGUGAGUGUGAGGGAGUGAGUGAGUGAGUGUGAGGGAGUGAGUGAGUGUGAGGGAGUGAGUGAGUGUGUGAGGGAGUGAGUGUGAGGGAGUGAGUGUGAGGGAGUGAGUGUGUGUGAGGGAGUGAGUGUGUGGGA